AUUAGAUUUUAAAUAAUUUUUCAGGUAGUUUGGACAGUUUAGCGUGUGGAUUUGUUGCUAAAUUAAUAACUUUGGACGUUGAUUUACGAUCUGGAAAUCUAACAAGAAAGUGGUAUUUUUCCGAUCUAGCUUGCAGACAUGCCGAACUACAAACUGGUGUACUUCAACGGACGAGGAAGAGCUGAAACGAUCCGUCUGACCUUUGUGGCUUCAGGGAUCGAAUUUGAAGACCACAGGAUCGAACAGGAUCGAUGGCCCGACAUGAAACCCAAAACAUUCGCGGGCUACCUCCCCUACUUGGAAGUGGAUGGGAAGGUGCUGGUGGAGAGUAUGGCCAUUGCGAGAUUUGUGGCCAGGGAGGGCAAGUUGGCGGGGGGUUGCAGUUACGAGCAGGCGCAGAUCGAUUCCAUUGUCGACAUCCUUUCCAACAUGGCCGAGAAGGCUGUUAAGAUUGUCUACUACUCAACAGGAGAAGAGAAGAAAAACUUGGAAAAAGAGUUCAUCGAAACAGUCCUACCAGAUGUUUUCAAGCUUUUGGAGAAGUUUUUACAAGACAAACAAUUUUUAGUCGGUGAUAAGCUGUCACUGGCAGACUUGCACUUCCACACGGUUCUCGAAUGCGUUGGCUUAUUUGCUAAAGACUGGCCUCUCCUCAGCGGCAAGAUGAAAAGACUUUUUGACAGAGUGGAAUCGGAGCCCAGGAUUGCAGAGUACCUGAAGAACAGACCCGUCACCCCCUUCUAGGCAGUUUGCCCUUCUAGAAAAAUUGAAACGGAAUGAAUGUUUUAAAAAGGCAAGCAGGCAGGCGAUAGGAACCACUCGACAGCUAGCGAUAUAUUUCUAGGAAGAUUAACUUUUCAGAUUUUCACCCGCUACUUCUUCCGUAGAAAAUAAUUUCACUAGAAUAAAUUCGCUGACGUCAUUAUUCCUAAUUAAAUUUACGAUUUUUAUGCGCCUUUUAUUUAAUUAUUAUUUAUUUUUAUUAAUAUUAUUAAUUAGUAUUUGAAUUAUUUCAGUAUUAUUCCAUUAACAUUUAUUGUAUAGUAUUAAUUUGAUUAAUUUUUAGCCCAAGAAUAGCAUAAACAAAAAAUAAUUAAAUUCAUCUCAUUGUUUUAAUGUUUAGUUAAUUUAUAAUCAGGAGACUCAUAGGCGUUUACUAUCUUUUUAAAGAUAUUUUUGCCCUGCUUGCCAUAGCGUGUAAACGUUUUUACUGUCUUAAUAAUAUUUUUUUAGCCACAUUUGUCAUAUUUUAUAUGCUUUUAUAAUAGUAAAAGUAUCUUUUUGAAGAGGUACUGUGCUUAUGGUAAUUAUUGUCUGUUCAUUUCUAAACUGUAAGUAAUCAUCAAUAUUUCACAUGUUAACUUACAACGCUAUGUCAGAUCUUUGUUGUAAACUAUUUUAAUGAAACGUUUGAAUGAAUAAACCAAAUAAUUGAGACUGCA